CCUGCUCCUGGACUGGCGGGAAGCCGGGCAGGGAGGCGGCUCGUCCCUCGCCCUGCCCCUCGCCCUACCCCGCUGUCACCACCCCGCUGGCACAGAAGCCUGCUCCAUGGGGAGAGUGGGGCUGCUGCUGGGCGGCUGCGCGCGGACGUGGAAGUCGGUGCGGAUGGCCAGCUCCGGAAUGGCGCGCAGGGGCCGGCUCGCGAAUAAGGUGGCCCUAGUGACGGCUUCCACCGACGGGAUCGGCUUCGCCAUCGCCCGGCGUCUGGCCCAGGACGGGGCCCAUGUGGUGGUCAGCAGCCGGAAGCAGCAGAACGUGGACCGGGCAGUGGCAGUGCUACAGGAGGAGGGGCUGAGUGUGACAGGCACCGUGUGCCACGUGGGGAAGGCCGAGGACCGGGAGCGGCUGGUGGCCAUGGCCGUGAACCUUCAUGGGGGCAUUGACAUCCUGGUCUCCAAUGCUGCCGUCAGCCCUCUGUUUGGAAAUAUGAUGGAUGCCACCGAGGAGAUAUGGGACAAGGUUCUGGACAUUAAUGUGAAGGCUCCAGCCCUAAUCAUAAAGGCAGUGGUGCCUGAGAUGGAGAAACGAGGAGGCGGCUCAGUGGUGCUCGUGUCCUCCCUAGGAGCCUACACUCCGCUUUUUGGCCUGGGCCCUUACAAUGUUAGUAAAACAGCCUUGCUGGGCCUCACCAAGAACCUGGCCUCAGAGCUGGCCCCAAGGAACAUUAGGGUGAACUGCCUGGCUCCCGGACUCAUCAAGACUAGCUUCAGCCAAGUGUUGUGGAUGGACAAGGAAAGAGAGAAGAAUAUGAAAAACAGCAUGAGGAUAAGCAGGUUAGGCGAGCCAAAGGAGUGUGCGGGCAUCGUGUCUUUCCUGUGCUCUGAAGAUGCCAGCUACAUCACUGGGGAGACAGUGGUGGUGGGGGGAGGGGCCUCAUCCCGCCUCUGAGGACCUGGAGACAGCCCACUAGGGAAGAUUGGGCUCCUACUCCAGCGUUCAUCGAGUCCUUUUCCAGCACUCAUCGGCUGGCCUUUCCCACCUCUGCCUAUCAUAUUGCUCACCUUAAGCCCCCCAAAUCAAUUCUGCCCUGAAAAAUGAUCCAGCGUUCCCUGCGGUCAAGGUGUGGUCCUAUGAGGAUUCCCGGUGUUGCUGUAGCCUUGGAUAAAGACUUCCCCUGAGAACACAGUGCAGGCCUGGUGAGAAGGCUGAGUCUCACUGGAAACGACCGACUAAUAUUUUGGGGGAGCAUCCGGAAAAUCUGAGGGAGAUGGGAGAGAAGCAACCUGGAGUGGAAUGAGCAGGGUUGGAUAUUAAGAACUUGCAAAUGAGGUGCAAAUAAAAUGCAGAUGAUCAUGUUGCUUUGAA